GGGAAGAUUUUUACGGACGGACAUCUCGGUACAGUUUUCGUCCGUCAGGAAACAUUGUCCUCAUGCUGGUUAUAAACUGACAGAUUUAAGACCAGACUGAAGUUUAUAUUUAAAUAUUGUAUCGGAAUUUAUUUAUAAAACAUUAACAUUAUUUCGCAGUUUAAAUUAUGACGUUUAGUGGAUUUCAGCUCUAAGGAGUCAGUGUGAAGGUCGCAUGAGCGGUAAGUGAACUCACUUGUGUAAACCUUACCUGUCUAUACCCCACCACCUGUGGGUUUAACCUGUUCAUACCUGCGUGUUUGUUUUCAGGGUGUAGCUGAGGAUGUGGAGGACAGGUGGGGUCUUGGGGGGGAGAGGUGUGAGCAGACUCUGCUCAGGUAUCCGGACACAACCUCCUCCCUUGUCCUCCUCCUCCUCUUCAUCAUCAUCAUCAAGACCUCAGGUGGAGAAACUGAAGAGAAGGAGACAGAAGGACGAGUCCAUUCAGACUGGAAAGCCUAGAGUGAGUAUUCAUCAUGAAAUAACUGCCUAUAAUAAAGACAGUUAAAGGGACAGUCUGCUGUUUUUGUGUUUAGGAUGCUGAGGAGAAGUCGGUGAGGUGGUCUGAGAAGCAGAGGAUCCAGUACUCUGCUUACACUCCCCCUGGGACAAAGAAAGGUGAGUUAGUUCUGCAUGUGAUUUGCAUAUUAGUUAAAUGUAAGCAGACUGAAGCUCCGUCUCUGACCAGCAGCUCAGAAGUAAAGGCAACACAAAGCAUUAUGGGUUUCUCUCCUUUUAUCCAUGAAAGAGCCCAGAAUGAUGAUGAAAGCUCAGCACAAGAUGUUAUUUAUCCUCUUCAUCUUCACACACUAGGAGCAUACAGGGGUCUAACACACACACAUGCCUUUCUCAUGCUAAUAUCGGCCUGAUGCAGGUACUGGAGCUGUUCGAAACAGUAAAACCUGCUUGCAUCUUGUUGUUGUCCAUGUUGAUAAUCAGUUUACCACUACCGCUCCUUCCUUAACUGACCCGUCUGCCUGACUGUUUGUCCGUCUGUCUGUCCAUCUGUUUGUCCCUGCAGACAGCAGCGUGCCGUUCCCCUCCGCCUAUAGUCCAGAUUUUGUUGAGUCCAGCUGGUAUCAGUGGUGGGAGAAAGAGGGAUUCUUCAGGCCAGAGCAGCAUGUGAGUCCCUAAAACAACCUUCUGAAUUCUCUCUAGGGUGAGGCGACGUACAUGCAAGAACAAGAACAACACGAGCAAAGAUCUAGACAAGAUUCAGAUAUGACUGAGUCAGUGUCAUCCCCGGAUCUCUCUGAAGCUGUCCUACCAAAAUAAAAGCUAAAAAAAACAAAUAAAACCAAAAAUAACACAGUGAGGACCCUCUGUGUCUGAUCAUUGUUAUCUCCUGUUGUCUUGUCCAAUCAGGAGCAUCUUCCUCAUGCCGUGGAUCAGACAUUUUCUCUGUGUAUCCCUCCUCCUAACGUGACGGGGACGUUGCACCUUGGCCAUGCCCUGACAGUGGCGGUGGAGGACGCAUUAGUGCGAUGGUAACCUGCAGACAAUGACACACUGCAGAAAUCAGACCGUAGUAUAGAGCAGCAGUAAUACACUCUCUGUGUUUGCUCUCCAUCAGGAGGAGGAUGCAGGGCUACAGAGUCCUCUGGGUACCUGGAUGUGAUCAUGCAGGUAUAGCCACACAGGUACGACACCCUCCUGUGUUUAGUUUUAGAGGUUCACUGAAUUAUGUCGACAGAAAGUACAUUUAUUUAAACCUCAGGAGUGUUUAGUGAGUUGUGUGUGUGUGUAUGUGUGUGUGUAGAGUGUGGUGGAGAGGAAGCUUCUUCAGGAGCGAGGGAGGAGCAGAAAAGACUUCAGCAGAGAGGAGUUCCUACAGGAGAUGUGGAAGUGGAGGAACGAGUGAGUUUGACUCUUACACCUUUACUCCUAAUCCUCUAUCUGUUCAGCUCACCCUGUUGGAGUCUGAAACUUGUGUGUAACGUUUGUGUUUCUGCGUUUCAGGAAAGGGGAUGAGAUCUACCAGCAGCUGAGGAAGCUGGGGGCGUCUCUAGACUGGAGCAGAGCCUGUUUCACUAUGGAUCCAGUAAGACUGCAAUGACUGUAGACAAUGACAAACCACAUUCUGCAGGGAUUACAACAGCAUGUCUCUGUAGUAGAAGAGUCCUGUUGCUAAGGUGACCUGCCUGCAGUCCUGACUUGUCCCUGAAAACUUCCUGAAUGAUGUGAAUUAUAGUCCUAGAUAGACCAACAUGAACCUAAAGUUUAUCACCACCCUGUAGUCAGCCCAGUUCAAGGGGACUUCUUCCUUCAUAAUGAAGCUGUUUUCUGAACAUAUCAGUGUGUCACUCAGUGAAGUGUCUGCUGUGUUGUUUCAUGUGUUUUCAGAGUUUCAGCAGAGCAGUGACUGAAGCCUUCGUCCGUCUUUGUGACUCUGGUCUCAUUUAUCGCUCUGAAGGUUUGGUGAACUGGAGCUGUGCUCUGGAGUCAGCCAUCUCUGAGAUUGAGGUAAAACUAAUCUUUACAAAAGGCGUUAAACUGUUGUGUUAUACAGAGUUUUUAGUUUUUAACUGUUUUUCAGCUGUUUCCUCUCAUCAGAGGACUUAAAUGUACCCGCUGCUAAUGCUACAGAAAUGAAGAUACAAAGUUAAAAAGACACUGACUCAGGAAACCAAAAUUUAGGACCAAUUCUGUGUUUGUUCUUGGUGUCAGGUGGACUCUGAGGAGCUGAGUGGACAGACUCUGCGGUCAGUUCCUGGUUAUGACACCAAAGUGGAGUUUGGGACGAUGGUGACUUUUGCUUAUCCUCUGGAAGGUCACGGUGAGACUUCAUUACCGUAUGGAGACAUAUCACAGCUUCUGCCUGAGUUUACUCCUCAUUAUUUGAUACAUGUGCGUGUGUGUGUGUGUGUAAGGUGGAGAGGUGUGUGUGUCCACAACUCGUCCCGAGACAAUGCUGGGAGACGUGGCUGUAGCUGUUCAUCCCGAUGAUCCUCGAUAUCAGGCCAGUAGCCUCUUUAUACACAACAGAUCUAUUACGUCAUACUGGGGCCAUACUGGUGUCAUACUGGUGACCCAGUGAGAGUUGAUAUCUUUUGUAAUAGUGGUCUGGAUUCAUAUCGGAUACAAUUUGUAAACAAACAGCAGCAUUUUCGAACGCAUUUAUGGACACGUAGAGCGGUUUUGAAUCGUUUUUACAGGAUCCAUGGCAGCAGAUUGACUUUUUUGGACGUGUCACUCCGGAGUCCUGUUUUAGGAUCACAGUAUUACAGUCUCCUGUGUGUAGACCCAUGUGCGUGUGUGUGUGCGUGUGUGUGACUCUGGUUUCCUCUGAUUCAGGCUCUUCAUGGGAAACAGCUCAGACACCCUUUCACUGACAGACUGCUGCCCAUCAUUACAGACACCAUGGUGGACAGAGAGCUAGGAACAGGUGAGAGUCACACCGACUGUCUCUGCACAUGCUCAGUGAGUGUUUCCUCCUGCUCCCCCUGUAAUAUGACCUGUGUGUGUGUGUGUGUGUGUGUGUGUCCAGGUGCAGUAAAGGUGACUCCAGCUCAUGACCACAUUGACUUCCUUCUGUCUCAGAGACACUCGCUGCCUCGCCUCACUGUGAUUGCAGGAGACGGCACCAUGACACCCCCCUGUGGACACUGGCUGCAGGUGCGCCAUCUGAAACUCUGUGUGACAGUCAAGUGAACUGCUGUGUUUAAGGACAGAGUGAUGGUGGGUUAGAGCCACAGUGAGAGGUUUGGAGGUGAAGGUCCUUGAUCUUCAGCUGAAUGUUAGUUUGAACCUUCAAAGGAGCUGAAAUAAGACGCAGCUUGUGAAGUGAUAUUAAAGUAUGAGGUUCACAAACCAUCAGCACCACGUUCUUAAAAAGAUCAGGACUCUGAAGUGAUUGAGGUAGAAACAGAGUCUCCUUUGAAGAAGAACAGACUGUGUUUUAUUGCAGUACAACGACUUAUACUAUGAAAUAUCAUAGCUCUGUUCUAAUUAAUGUGUCAGCUGAUAAUUGAGUCAGCUGAUUAGAACAGAGCUGUGAUAUUUCAUGGUAAAAGUCAUUAUACUGACUCAAUGAUCAGUCUUUUUCUAAUUAGCUGUCUGCUUUUAUCGCUUUAUUCUUUAAAAUGAUUAUACCCUUUUUUUUUCUCAGGAAGUCUACUGAGAUAAAAAUUUCCUUUAGGACUUUUUAAAAACAAAGACUUUAUUUAGUUUAGGGUUACUUAAUUAAAGGUCUGUAUUCUCAAAGAUCCCAACUUUGACUUUUAUAAGAUCAGAUCAUUAAUAUGUGUCUGUUUUCAGGGCGUGAAGCGUUUUGAUGCCAGACAGCAGAUCAUCGACGCUCUGGUGGAGAAGAAGCUGUUUAGAGGGAAGAGGAGCCACGCCAUGACCUUACCUGUCUGCAGGUACAAUCACACACACACACAGUCUUUUUGUCUCUUUUCCUGUAAAAUAUCCUUUAGGCUUCAGGGUGAAAGUUCUUAUUAGGGAUUUUCAUUAAAGAAGAAAUUUUGAUUUCCAGAAACUUUCGAGCUGCAGUGAGGAACUUUAGGUUUGUGCUGAUAUUAUACACCAUCCUGCACAUGUGAAACCGCCUCUUGUUCCCUGUGAUAAUAAAUUUAGCCUCUCUGUGAGGAUUUGCUGAAUAAAGUGUCAAACAGGCUGUUUUCAACAAGCUGCUGUGAAUCAUCAUCCAGUCUGGCUCCUCCCCCUCACAGCAUGUUUAAGCGUUAAAAUCCCGACAUUGAUGUUCCCGACACACCAGCAGAUUUUUCUACUCACUAUAAGCAGUCUGGGUUUAUUGUAGCUAGUCACAUAGUGAGCCUCUAUGUCAGUUGACUGUGUCUCAUUUGAAGCUUAACAGGGAAUUUGACUGAAAAUAAGACCAAAAAUCUCCCUAAGAUCUGAGUUUUUACAGCGAGUGUCGAAACUACCUGAACACAGAGAAGCGUUUUUUUCUGUUUUCAUCCUGUUAAAACUGAUUUUUCUUUUUGUUUGUGUUUCUGCUCCUCAGCCGCUCAGGAGACGUCAUUGAACCUCUGCUUAAGAAGCAGUGGUUCGUCCGCUGUGAUCAAAUGGCCAAAAAAGCUGUUCAGGUGAGCUGUCAGCCGACCAGACAACCAGAGAAGGAUUCGUUAUAUGAAUGUAUUUAUCCACAGGGGGGCGCCAGAGUCAGCCCAAAGUGAGAGACUCUCAUUGAAGCUUCAAGGUGUUGAAGUACAGACAUAUGAUGGUGGUUCACUGACUGUUUGUCUUUCAGGCUGUUGAGGCGGGUCAGCUGGAAAUCAUCCCUCAUCUCUACACAAAGAUCUGGAAGAACUGGCUCUCCAACAUCAAGUAUGUUCCUGACCUUUGAGCUUUGUGCUUUGACCUGGACCCUGAGGGCUUUGGCCUUACUUUGUGGUGCUGUCAUAUAGUCCAUCUUUUAUUCAGGCUGUGGUGUGAGCUGUUGUGUGAGGAUGAACAAUGUGUGAGUGUAUCAGAGGGACAUGAGGGAGGUGACUGCAGUGAGAUGAUGAAUGAGCUCCUGUCUUUGUAAACAAUGUCUGUCUGUCUGUUUGCUGCGCAGUGAUUGGUGCAUUUCCAGGCAGCUUUGGUGGGGUCAUCAGAUUCCCGCUUACCAAGUUCAACUUCCUGAUUCUGCAGAUGCACAACAGGUCAGACCACCUGGGGGUGAAUUUACUGUUAUGACCAUACUUCCGUAGUCUCAACUCAACAGAUCCUCCAAAAACUGAAGGAUAGCCUGAAUCAGGCUUUGGUGUCUGUAGGAAAAACAGUAUGAAGAGCAAAAGCAGGAGGAACUCAGUCCUCCAUAAUGACCUCCAACUCCCAUGCUUGGGGAUCUGAGGAGGAUUUCUGUCUCUGUAUAAACAAAUAAAGCUGACCUUCAUGUCUAUACAUAGAAAAUAUAGAGCUUUUUUAUAAAUCUUAAUUUUAACCUGAUAAUUUCUAAAUUCAAAAUUUGACAUGAUGCACUGUUGUGUGUGUUUCAGGAGGAGUUGUGGGUCUGGGGUCGCAGUGAGGAUGAGGCCCGGCAGAGAGCAGCUGUUAAAUACAGAGUGAAACCAGAAGAGCUGACUCUGACUCAGGGUGACUCACCUUCAUCUGUUAACUGUCUGAUACCUGCAGAUUUAGAAAAGUUUACUUUACAUUCACACAGAAAACUCAAUUACCCAUGAACCACUGCAUUAUUUAUGACUGGACUGCAGACAACUGUUAUGAAAAUGACAGUGUGACCGACUGAAGCAUCCCUCUGUGCUCAGCUGUUUAUCUCUGUGCUCGUCCUCUUUGUGUCUCAGACCUGGACGUCUUGGACACCUGGUUUUCCUCGGGCCUUUUUCCCUUUGUGAUGCUGGGCUGGCCUGACCAGGUACUCCUCUUCCUCCUCCAAAAACCUCUUUAGGCCUAAUUUUAAGUUUCUCAAACACACUGUCUGCUCUGCUACUUUUAUAUGUUCAGCUUCUGAAUGACCCAGCACUUGGUACCUUAGUAGUUUUGUGGUGAAGAUGGUGAUCAUCUUAAACUGAUCGAUUGCUUCAUUGAUGAUGUUUCUUAUUUAAAAAAAACUUUCAUUGUUAUGCAUUGCCUUUAAAACUGUUAACACUGUUAAUGUUUGUCUCUGUGUGUUUCAUAUGAAAUAUCAUCAAAAAUUCAUUUAUUUUAACAAAAUUCUUCACAGAUGACAGAGAAAUGAAACAGAAAAAGAAACAGACAGUUAAUCAAAUAUGAAAGAAAAAUAAUACAAAAAACUUUUACAGACUCCAGACCUGCAGCGCUUCUACCCCAACACCAUCCUGGAGACAGGAAGUGACCUCAUCUUCUUCUGGGUGGCAAGGAUGGUGAUGCUGGGUGUGGAGCUGACGGGAGAGCUGCCCUUCAGACAGGUAAAGAUCAAAAACUGGAGAGAGGGUUAAUUUAUUUCUGCUGAGUCAUGAUCACAAAGAGAACUCCAUCUCCCAUGAUGCCCUAGGUUCUUCUUCACUCCAUGGUGAGAGACAAACACGGCAGGAAGAUGAGCAAAUCUCUGGGAAAUGUCAUCGACCCUUUAGACGUCAUUCAUGGAGUCUCCCUGCAGGUACGAGGAGGGGGUUCUAAGUCAACUCAGAAACUGGUCUGCUACGGUGGCCCUGAAGGACCACUGCAUGAACAUACCAUUACACACACACAAAAAAAAUUUAAACUGAACACCAAAAACAUUUCCUUAAACCAUGAGAAAAAACAACAUUAAAAUAUUUUGAUACAGAAAUAUUCUUCAAAAGUAUUUUAAAGUUUCAUGGCUUCAUUUUUUCCCCUCUUCUUUGCACAUUUUUUCUGUUUUUCUUUCUUUUCAUUUACUUUACUUCCUCCUCUCUGUUUUUCCUUUCCCUCUUUUCCUUCUCCUCUUCCUUUUUUCAGAGACUGGAGGAGAAGAUAAACAAGGGAAACCUGGACCCCAGGGAGCGGCUGGUCGCCAUUGAGGCUCAGGUGAGCUUUUCCUCUCUCUCCCUCUCUCUCUCUGCUCCCCCUAGACUGAGCAUGCUCACUGUGUCUCUCUCUGUCUCUCCACAGAGGAAAGACUUCCCUGGGGGGAUCCCUGAGUGUGGGACUGAUGCUCUGAGGUUUGCUCUCUGCUCUUCCAGGAUUCAGGGUCUGUGAGUUUUUAUUUGGAGCCAAUUUGAGUCCUUCUGGACAGAAAUAGUUAAUGUAUUUUUGGCCAUGCUCUCCAUGUAAACUACAAAUCUAAAGCUUGAGUCUGGGUUUGAAUUGAAGCCAUUUCCCUCCUCAGGUGAGACCAUCAGUCUGUCGGUGUCUCAGGUGUUGAGCUGCAGACAUUUCUGCAAUAAGAUGUGGCAGACACUCAGGUUCACACUGGGAGUACUGGAGAACAACCCCACACCAGUGGGAGCCCUGGAGGAGGUGCGGCUCCUAAACCUGUAGAUAUUGUUCAGCAGUAAGAUGUGAAAGCUACCCAUGACAUGGCUUCUGAUGAUCACCGUACCAUUAGGGAUGCUGGAUUUGGACUGGGAGCUGAGAACAAGCUGGGAGGUCCCUCUACUGUUUAGAGCUGAGGAUGACAAUAUCCAAUUUUGAUUCUUCAGACAUUUUUCCUCUCAGACAGGCUCAUGUCCAGAUUGAUUUUUUUUUUUUUACCUUCCUGUUUGGUUCUUUAACUUUUUAGGAACACAUUGCUAACAUCAAAUUUACAACGAGCAGAUUUUUCAUCAAUAAUAAGGUCAUUUGACAUGUUGCCAUGCUCCAUUUCUAAGUAAAUAUAAAUUAUCUACAAACCGUCAGAUCCGGUUUCAUCAGCGACCCAGUUUUUGAAAUCGAGGUUUGAGUCAUUUCAAAACUUUUACGCAGAAGAUUUUCAGGCCAGAUUAUUAACUGACAAAGACAUAGUAAUGUAGGUCAGACCAAACCCACAAAAGACUAUAAACACGAAAAGAAGAUGCUUAAAGAUAGAUCAACUGUGUAAACCUGAGCCAGACUUUAUCUUCUUAUUGCUUUGACGCUGACAAUGGAGCCUAAAAUAUCUACUUUAUAUAUCCUUAAGACAUGUAUGCAUACAUUUACCUGAAAUGUAGAGACACCUGCUCUCUGAUGUUGCAUCACAGUGAGAGACAGCGCGAAGUUGGUGGUCGGUGAUGUUCUGAGUAAUGUUAGAAACGGUAGCUGCUGAGAGGCUGACAGAGGCUCUGCUAACAUUGAGGUUUGUAAGAGGUGAUUUCCACUGAUGUUCAAACGUGUGAAUAUUUCCACUUCUCUUUGUCCAGGUGCGUCCAGUGAGCAGCGUGGACCGGUGGGUCUGCUCCAGACUCUACAGCACUGUGCAGCAGGUGGAGCAGGCGUUUGAAUCCUACGAGCUUCACACCGUGACAUCUGCUCUGCAUGCCUUCUGGCUUCACAGCCUGUGUGACGUCUACGUGGUGAGGACAGGGAGCAGACUGUCCCAGUGCAUCAUGGGAACUCUUUACAGUCAUCUAAACAGCUGUCUCUCUGCUUUGUAGGAGUGUUUGAAGCCUCUACUGGCUCAGCAGAGUGGAGGAGGUCAUGAGGAGGACAGGGUAGAGGCGAGGCGGGCGGCGGUCGGCAUCCUGUAUCACUGCGUGUCUUCAUCUCUGGCCCUGUUGUCCCCCUUCAUGCCGUUCAUCACCGAGGAGCUGUGGCAGAGGCUGCAGCCGUUUGGAGGCGGAGCUAAAGCUCAGAGCAGCCUGAGCCUGCAGCCGUACCCCCGAUCAGAUCGACUGGUACAGAAAUCACACACCUGAUCUAACAUGGCGUGCAGCUUUUACACACAGCAGGUCAUUUUUGAAAGGUUGCAUGCAGGGGGCACCGCUGAGCUGACAGUUUGAGGGCGUGUCUCAAACUGAAGGUUAACGUUAUGCCUCAAGCGGAUGGCCCUGUGUUUGAUUCCACCCUGUAGCUUAUCUCCUACUUCCUCUCAGUCCACCAGCUACAUAUGAGGAAAUGAGGUUCAAAGAAACCUGAUAAUGUGAACUCUGACUCACUCAAAUAUUUUUCUUCUUUCUCUCUGUUUUUGUCCUCCUCUCUCUCUAUUUUUGCUGACAUGUUCUUCCUCUCUCUCUUUCUCUUUCAUUGUCCUCCUUUCUCUUUCUUUCUCUCUCACUCUAUUUUUGCUGACAUGUUCUUCCUCUCUGACCCCAACGUCCUGUCAGGCUCACUGGUUUUUCCCUGAAGAGGAAAGGGACUUCGUUCUGGUUCAGGAUGUGAUCAGAGAGGCCCGCUCACUGCGAGCUCAGUGUGGACUGGGCAAACAGAGACCCGACCGUGAGUCUUUUCUCUCUGUGAGGGUCUGAAACCAGCUGUGUCUUUGUGUGGUAGGUGAACAAAGUGACUGAUGAACAGCGGGAUGAGCUCACCUCUCUGUGUCUCUGCUCUUUGUGUCUCAGUGUGGGUCGUGUGCUCACCCAGCCAGGCCUCAGUCCUCCUCCACUUUCAAUCAGCUGUUCAGACUCUGAGUCAAAUCGCCAGCCUCCACAUUUACUGUCCUGAUCGCACGGAUGCCCCCUCCUUGACAAGCUCCACCCCCCCACCUGCAGGCAGCCUGGUCAGCGUGGUUGACCAUACCUGUCAGCUUCACCUCCAUGUCCAGGUAUGGCUCUGCAGCCCUGACAUAACAUGCUCCCCUGACAAGUUUCCCUCUCGGGGGGGAAAAGUUUUCCUUAUUUUCUUUAACACACUGAGGAAGAGUCUAAUUUGCAGUGAACAGGUGAAAAGAGGCCAUUUUAGAUACAGACCCAGAGAUCUGGAGGUGUUUGCAGUAUCAUGAAUGAGUGGCUGAGGAUGAAGCAGCUUCAUCAUCAUCAAAGAUCACGCUGGUCUGAUUAUAUAAACAUCAUCAUUCCUCACACUCACUCUCUUUGGAUUUACCUGACUUUUACCUUUAAAAGAGGAAACUUAAGCUGGCAGGAAAAAGUCCAUGUGAAAUUCAGGUGACUUCAGGUGACACCCUGAAUUUCUGGAGUUUGAUAAAAAUGUGAAACCAGCUUUUCACUUGUAUAUCAGUCUGUGGAUGUCACAGUCUUCAGAGCUUCAGCAGAUACGAUUGAACAUUUUCUGGUUUUAACUGCUUUCGUCUGUGUUAUGUCACAGCUGAUACAGUCCUUGGAUUUUGGACUGACAGGGGGGGAGAAAAACAAUGUUUAAAGGCAGUAACCUCUCAGACAUCAUGACAGACACUUUUUUUCCUCACCUGACCUUUAAUGCGUGAACCAUUUCAGAUGGAUCUGCAGAGUUAGAAUCAGAAUCUGCCUGAAUCCUGCCCUAUCCUUAAACUACACGUCACUGCUGUUCCUGCAUCCUAAAGAGCUGCUUAGUUAAACAAACAUUUCCAGUGACGGUCAGAAGGUCAGCGGAACCAGUUUGAAUUGCAAACAUGAGGCCGUGCAGGUGAAGAGCUGCCAUGAAAACAGUCAAAGCUGUUUAUUUCACUGAGGAAAUGAUUCCAGUAAAAUGAAACAGAUCUGUCAGUGCAUGAUUCACAAUGUUUGCAUGUUUGGACUGCCAAUAUUUCAGUGUAUUACUGAGACUUGACGAAAUGUUCCUCUAUUGACUCUUGUGUUGGCUCAUCUAUAAGUCUAUUUAAGGUCGAUGUCCUCUGUACCUUUUAACCUGCAUCAAACAGAAGAGUACAAGAACCCAUGAUCUUUGCUCCAGGAACUUUUUACUGCCUGUUUCAGAGGUCAGGACUGAACUGGGGAAAAUGUGCUGAAAUGUGAACUGAUCCUGGAGUUUAUAACCAGGAUGUUUCACUCAUGUUCUCUUUGUUUUUAAGGUGGUCAUGUGUGACGCUGUAUUUCCCAUUUCUGUCUCUCAGAGUGGAGUGAACGUUGACAAGCAGGUGCUGCAGCUGUCUCAGCGCAGAGAUAAAGUAGCCCUGAAGCUGGAGGAAACCUUGAACAGGGUCCAGUCUCCAGACUUCCAGACCAAAGUCCCAGCUCACAUCAGACAGCAGAUGGAGAGCAAGGUGAGUCAGGAAGCUGCUCCAAGUUAAUAUUUUUAUCUGAGAAAUAAACAUAUGAAACUGUUGUAGAGGUUUGAAUUUAUAUAUAUUAUAUUUAUAUUCAUAGUUUCAGAUUACUCAAUGACAUGGAGUAAUAACACCAAAAUGACAAUGACACCAAAGGAAUGCAGUUUUGAUCAGCACAUGGUUGAGCAGGGUUUCUGACAGAGGUCUGGAGGUCAGCGUCAAGCUCCUCAGACCUUUUGUUGGACUCCAUGUGUUCACACAUUUAAGACAGUAAAUCUCAAAUGGGAGACCUGGGUUGAGGCCUGAAUAAAUAUGUAGAUAGUCAGUGAUCGGGUCGGUCUGUUCUUCAAAUUGACCAAUUAAAAAAAAAAUCCAGAGGUUUGGGUCAACCUCCUGUUGGGUCAGUUGUGCAACCUGAAAGUCCAAACAAGUCUGGAAAGAUUUAUAUGAUUGUGCGUCCUGAGACCAGAUAAGAAACUUGUGAGUUUCACACACAAGGUUGUCUUGAUGAUACAAUGCGGAAGAGUAAACCCUUUUUGUCCCCUGCAUCCAGGUGUGGGCCCUGCAGCAGGAGCUGGGGACUUUAGAGGAGCAGCUGAGUGUCCUGCAGGAGGCUCAGAGGAGUGAAUAAGAGCUGCAGACAGACGUCAUGGUCUCUAUGAGGACAUCAUGGACUUCAGAUGAAUUAUUUAUCCCCAAUGUCUGUCCUGCCUCAGUGAGGAGAGGAUGUAUAACAGCAUCAAACUGAAACUCUGUUCAACUGUCAUACUGCAGCACUCACCUGCAGGUGAGGCUGUGGAGGUCUGCAGGUAUCCAUGGAAACCGACUCCAGGCAGCGUGAUAGAAAGUAUCAGUGCUUCUACGCGGCUGCAUGAGUUAUCUAUAGCCUUACAGAUCCAUAUUUCCCUUUGUUUUAACAGUUUAUCACUAUUAAUUUAGUUUUCAUGUCAUCAGUCGGAAGAAACUGCAGAUAUCAUCCCGGUUUAGAGGAGAAAUUCAUGCGACAGGACAUGACUGUGCAAAGACAGAAAAACAUGGAAACAAACCAGUUUGACGGAAGAUAAUGAAGAUUACAGUCAAACAUAUUUUAUUCAGUGGAGAAGAUGAACAGAUUUCAUCACACACCCUUGGUCUUUAAAAUGUAAUAAAUCAGAUUUUGGUGGUUUGUAAAUUAUUUAAAGGCUAUAUUUAAUUAAAGAGAGCAAAGGAAAAGAUGCUGAAACUGUAAACUGGUAUUGUCUUAUUUAUUAAAUUAAAAAAAGAAAAAAA